UACUUAUAUCAUAAUUGAUAUUCUUAGUAAAACGAUUAAUCAUGUUGUAGGUAAAAAUUAUUUUGAAAUAAUUUAAUUUUGUUACGGGAAAAGAGCCGAAGCCCUCAGCCCGUUCGAACACACUGAAGCCACAGACAGCUGCCGACAAAUUAUUUUCAAAGGGUUGCGAACGGUCGACAAUAAACUCAGUCGUCAGGCGUUAGAGUUCUAAGCAGUACACAAAGGGUGUUCAAAAAAGCUACAUUUCCACGCAGGAAGCUGUAUUGAGACAAAAUUACACACAUUUUGUGUGGAGAUUCACCUCAAAAUAUGUUAAUGUGUCCUAGUUUUGUGAACAUGCAACAGCCACCAUUCCCACAAGCCCACGAAAACAUGGAUCAGAGCCAGUACCACUACCAGCAAGGCCAAGCACAGUCGCAGCAUCCCCAGCAACCGCAGCCACACCCACAACAGCAGCAACAACAGCAGCCUCAGCAUCCACAACAACAUCCACAGCAGGAUGUACAGCACCAAAACCAAUAUUAUUAUCCACAGUUCCCAAUCAAACAAGAGCCAACUGAUUAUUUUCCGUCGAUGCUACCAAAUGGAUAUGUAAACAGUAUGUACAGUAAUGAUCUAUCGAUGAAUGUGACGCCGCACAAUGGGAUGCAUAUGAACGGAGUGUAUAAUGGCAACAUGCCACCAAUGAACAAUGGCUAUCCUAGGAAUGGAUUCCACAUAAAGCAAGAACCCAUCUACUGUAAUAACCCUAAUCAGAUGUUAAAUCCUGCGGGACAACAGCUUCUGGACCCCACUGUACCCACGACCCUAGCCUCCGCUACGACGACGACAAAGAAAAAAGGUAAAAGCAAAAAAGUGAAACAAGAGACAUUAACUGAUGCAUUUCCAGUGAAGAAGCGGAGAAAAGUAGAUAGGUUUAAUGGAAUGCCAGAAGAGGAGGUUGCUAAGCGAAUACUGCCUGAUCAUCUUAAGCUGGGCUUGGAUAUUAUGAUCAUUGGCAUCAACCCAGGACUUUUUGCAGCUUACAAAGGACACCAUUAUGCAGGACCAGGCAAUCAUUUCUGGAAAUGCCUAUAUCUAUCAGGGUUAAUUCCAGAACCUAUGACGGCAAUGGAUGAUUACAAACUACUAGACUUUGGAAUUGGGUUUACAAAUAUCGUGGAGAGGACUUCACGGGGUAGUGCGGACCUAACCAAGAAAGAAAUUAAGGAAGGUGCCAAAAUCCUUCUGGAAAAAGUCAAGCAGUUCAAACCAAAGAUAGCAGUGUUUAAUGGAAAAGGAAUAUACGAGGUUUUCAAUGGCUCAAAGAACUUUGAGGUUGGCCGGCAACCGGAACCAAUGGAGGGCACGGACACGGUUGUGUAUGUGAUGCCAUCAUCAAGUGCAAGAUGUUCACAAUUCCCCAGAGCACAAGAUAAAGUCAAAUUCUACCUCAAACUUAAAGAACUUAGAGAGGAACUGACUGGGUCACCAAAAUCGGUUACAAACAAAAGCACAGAGGAACAGCAAUCCUCAACCAUUCAGGAAGCCCCUGCUGUAAACAAGGAUGGGGAAGAGGCUAUCAAAGCAGAAGGUGGUGUCAAAGAUGUAGUCCCCUCAACAAAAGUUGAGGAAAACCAAGCGAAUGAUAAAAAACCGGAGAUUAAAAUUGAGCCGCGCGAUAACGAUAAUAUUGAGAAUAUGUGUGCCAAGAAAAUUGAGGUGAAAUUAGAAAAAAAUGUUGAUGGAACAAUACCAGCGUCUAAUUUAUGUUUCUUAAAAAAUGAAGAAAAAAAUGCGAAGCAAUGCACCCCUCCUCCACAAAAUGGACACGUUCAAAAACCUGUGCAAGUUAAACAGGAGCCUAAGGAAAACCCAUCAGAAGACACUGAAAGUUCGUCACAGCUUUGUAGUCUCAGUCAGAGGAUGUUACAGACUGCCUCUUGGGUGCAAAGUCUUCCAAGUUUGCCAAUUGGAAACCGAUUCGAAGACCAGAUUCCUAACAUUAGCAAUCCACAGAGAUCUCAAUACUUCCAAUCACCCCAUGGCUCGAUGGGUUACUACCCCCCGCAGCAACAAGUGCCGCAACCCCCGCAACAGAUGAACGACCCCAUGAGAAUGAACCAGCAUAUGACCUCUGGUAGCUGGUUGGCAAGCACUCAGCAGAUGAUGAUGCCACCUCACCACAUGGGCGGUCAUCCACCAAUGACAUUUACCCAAUCCUUGCUAGGCCACUCAACCAGUAUAUCUCAACCAAUGUCGACAUCUUUAUCCAACCUUAACACCACAUCCGUAGUAACAUCUCAGCAACAUAUUUCUCAGCCGUCUAGUAGGUAGAAAUAAGUUUUAAAAAAUAAAUUGAAACGAAUCAAAAAAAAUAAACCUCCUUUUUUAUAAUCAUGCCUAUUUAAGUUAUUGAUGUUUGCGGAAUUGUAUUGGCUUGAUAGCUUUUUUUGUAUCAGCCUUUUAUAACUGCCAUUUUAAACUUGUAAUAUUACUGAAUGUUAAUAUUAAUUGCAGUCUUGAAAUCUUAGUAUCAUGUGAAAUUAAAUAGCACCUGAUUAUUUUAACUUAUCUGAAAAUAGAUUACAAAGCAUUUUAGAAUUUAUUCUGAAGCAUAACAAUUUGUAGAUUAAUAAUUAACUUUGGAACCCCUCCAAAAUGAUAAAAUACUUUAUACAGUACAGUGUAUUGAUAAAAACAUAUUGUUGUUAUUGGGAAGCGAACCCAAGACUAACAUUUGUUUGCUGUACUAACAACUGAUCUAUCACUCCAAGUUGCAAUACUUUUAAUAUGUUUAUAUA